AUGUACUCCUUCACUGCCAUGUCCAUCUUCGCCUUCCUGGCUACUGGCAUUGUCGCCCUCCCUGCCCACCAUGACAACGCCAUCGGUGCCGAGACCGUCACUACUAGCCUCCCUGGCCUCGUAAACACCUCUGUCGCCCACGCUGGGCCCGUCACCACCAAUGUCCCCGGUCUCGCGGCCUCCCUCUCUGCCAGCGCCCCAGGCAGCACCGCAACCUCCAACGUCACCCUCCCUGCUCAUGGCGCCAUCAUCCAGUGUACCGCUCCCUCCACUGCGAACGGGACCGCUACCUGCAUCGUCACUUCCGGGAAUGGUACCGACUUUGUCCCCAUCAUCAUCGGAAACGGCACUCUCCCUGUCACCACCGGUAUGGGCGGCACCACCACUGCCAUUGCCGGAUCAACCGCCACCGGUACCUCCAUGCCUGGUAACGCUACCUCCUUCACCGUCGGUCCGGUCGUCACCAAGACCCUUGGUCCCGGCUCGCACGCUGUCACUACUAGUGUCCCGGGCGGAGUCGAAUCGUUCGCCGUAUCGGUCGCCGCUCCGGGAAGCACCUCGGUCUGA